CAUUCAAAUUGUAACGGAAAGGGAUAUCUCCCCAGUCAACCUAGCUCCCGCGACGCUAACAGCGACUCCAACGCCGCCGCCGCCGCCGCGGCUGCGGCUGCGGCUGCGGCUUAGCUCGCCCCCCGUCCUCCUCCACUGACCAUGGCCUCCUCUCCCACCGCCAAUCACCCCCCCGCUGAUCCCUCCCCAGCCACCAACCCCCCCAGCCCUCCCCUCCGUCCUAGCUCCUCUCCCGAUCCAGAUCCAGAGCCCCUGGCUGCCGAUGCUGAGGACGAAGACGGGGUCUCUCCUGCACGCUCAAGCUGCCGCCACCUCCCUCCGCUCAAGCUGCCGCCACCUCCCUCCGCCUCCGCAGAUUGCCAUGGGAUCCUCCCUCCGCUCAAGCUGCCGCCACCUCCAGAUCGGCUCCCCCCGAAUUUCACGCCGCUAGUCGUGACUGAUGCAUCGCUGGCAUCUAUAGAGAAGGGGUGGGUGGAGGUCGGGGGCCAGCAUCGCCGGAGGUUGGAGAAGCUUCCGCCCCGCAAGAAGGAGACCGACCGCGCCCUCGCCUUCAAGCGGAGAGCAUAUGGGCUCUGUUUCCGGUGCUUGGCGGAUGACCACUUCGUCGCCGACUGUCGUGGGCCUGUCACCUGCCUGGGCUGCGGCCGUUCUGGGCAUCGCGAGCGUGGCUGCCCGGACCGCCUCCUUGCUAGCCACGGUCAUCUCCGCAGCGCCCUGUUGCCGCCGGCUGCUCCUCGCCUCCCCAAGCACCCGCCCCCAGCUCCUUCACCGAGGUUGCAGAAGUGCUCGUGGGCCUCUAUUGUUGCCGCUUCGACUGGGCUCGUUCAAGGGUCACCUUGUAGCAGCCCCGACGAGUCGACCUUGGCUGCUGAUUUGGGGCUGUUGAAGCCCCUCUUUGCAGCUCAGACCGAGGCGCUACGCAACGAAUUGCAGGCUCUGGUUACCGCUCGUGUGGAGGAGAUCGUUCAACCCCUCCGUGACAUGGCCGUUGCUCUGCAGGGUUGGGCGGCCCAGGUCUCGGGCCUCUUGGAGCGGCUGGAGGUUUUCAGUGGCAAAGUGGUUGAUUUGCCGGCCUUCAAUCAGUCUCCUGAGGAGCGAGAGGGAGGGAUCUUGGGGAACAGUGGGGGAUUUUCUUCCCUGGAGCCAUUGGGUGUGCCUCCUCCCUGGUGCGAGCAUGAGGAGCCGGCGCCCUCUGUUGUCGCCGAUGAUGUUCUUCCUGCUAUGGAUGUAGCUCUACACGAGAUGGUAUGUCAAGGUGAGGAGGAGCAAGCUAAGGUUGCUGAGAAAGUCACAUCAAGCAAUGAUUUGGAGCAUUUUGAGGAGGCCUUACCUGAUGGUUUGGUUGGAGAGGUGCCUCCCUUUGUCUCCUCUUCGGUGACGUUUGCUUCAGGGGGCAUUACCAAUAUGGUGUCCUCUGGGUCCAAGGAGCCACUUGGCGAUGUUGGUGUGCCAUCAACCACCUUGUUGGAUGAGUUUCUAAGCGGCUUCAGUUGCGCAGCGCCACGGUCCUUGCUCGAAGAACCGAUUCAUGUGCGGAUUGACGGGGCAUCUACUUGUUCCGAGAGGCGUAGUGGACGUUUGGAGAAGAAGAACAGGAGCUGCAACAUCCCUACUUCCAAGCGCGCUGAAUAUAGGUUGGCGGAGGCUUAUGGGGAACUCCCGAAGGGGGUGGCAUCUAAGAAAGGCUCCGAGGAGGAUGUGCAAGAGAAGAUGAACUCUUAUCUUCGGAUGUACAAGAAACCGCCUACGUCGACUGCGAUCCAGGCAAUUCGUGCAUUGGUGGAGGCCAAUGGUUGAUCUCAUGUUUCAAAUGGGUAGGUGCGAUUUCACUUCUAGUUGCAGGCCUAUUCUUGAGGUUGCAGUGGUUGUCUUGGUCGGGUAUGCUGUGUUGACGGUGGUCUUGGGCCUCGGCACCCUUGUAUCUGGCUCGGACGACGUACCUUGAGUGCUAGGCCGGUGUGUGUGGUCUUCGCCGGUUUCCCUUAAUUAACCGAUGCAUGUAUGGUUUUUGGGUCCGGUUUUCCUUAUUAACCGGACCAACUCUCUUCUUCUAUAUGCAAAUGCGGGAGCUCCCCGCCCUCUGA